UUUUGCUUGGGGUGUAUGCAAUGAUUGUCCGUCGGAAAAAUAGAAAAUUAUAUGAAGUUGCUAAGCAACUUCCUAACAAUAUGAAAAGAGUGCCUCUAUUAGAACAUUGUGUAAAUUUCAUUGGAGAUUCUUCAGCUCGUUGGGAGGCAAUUAAGGAGUUAGGUGACGAAGCAAUAAAUGCACGUGAUGGCGUUACCAGCAUAUGGCUCUCAUACAAACUUAUUGCUGUGGUGGGUGACCCGGAGGCAGCAGAAGUGGUAAUGAGAACAUGUCUGGAUAAACAUGAGAUGAUGAAUGUAUCCAGAGAACUAAUUGGCAACGGCAGCAUAUUUGCACCAGUUGCAAUUUGGCGUCCGCGUCGGAAAUUCCUGGCUCCAACUUUUGCACAGAAGACGCUCAACAAUUUUGUAAAAGUCUUUAGUAAACAGGCUAUUGUUUUGACAGAUAUAUUAAAUGGCGUGGAAGGGAAGGGAAACUUCUCUAUUUUUGAAUAUAUUACCAAGUAUUCCAUGGACUCUGUUUGUGAAACGGCUCUUGGAAUCGAAAUGCAUACUCAGAGCGACCCAAACCAUCCAGUGUCGAAGUCGUUCAACGAAUUCUGCGAUUUAGCUGCUGGUCGCAUGGUCAAACCCUGGUUCCACUCAGAUUUCCUGUACAAGUGGUAUUGGGAGUUCCCGAAAUAUGCAUCGUCGGCCAAUGUUAUGAAAAAUUUUGUUUCUGAGAUAAUCAGAUUGAAAAGAGAGAGCAUGAUGGAGCAGAACAAUAAUGAACAAAAUCAUGAAAAAACCGAAUGUGACCAAGAAAUGGGCAGAUCAAAAAGUUUCCUAGAGCUUUUAAUCGAAUCAGGGGGUGACAGAGGAUUUAAUGAUCUAGAGCUGCAAGAAGAAUCGUUAGUGAUGCUUUUAGCUGGCACUGACACGUCUUCUGUGGCCGCGUCGUAUACGUCACUUCUGUUAGCCAAAUAUCCUGAUGUACAGGAGAAAUUGUACCGAGAAAUACAAGAUGUAAUUAAAGACCCCGAGAGACCUUUAGAAGCAAGUGAUUUGCCGAAACUGAAAUACUUGGACGCGGUUGUGAGGGAAUCUUUAAGGUUGUACCCUCCAGUACCCCUCAUUAUCAGAAAAGUGGAUAAGGCUACUACUUUACCGUCAGGCGUAACUCUUGUUCCUGGAAUGGGGGCAGUGAUACACAUAUGGGCUAUUCAUAGGAACCCUAAAUAUUGGGGUCCAGAUGCGCACGUGUUCAGACCAGAAAGGUUUCUCGAAGAUUCUUUGAAACACCCGUAUGCGUUCAUACCUUUCAGUAACGGUGCAAGGAAUUGUUUAGGUUUUCAAUUCGCCACGAUGUCAAUAAAGACAGUCAUGGCACAAAUCAUCAGACGAUAUCGAAUUCUCCCACCAACGGUGCCAGACGGCGAGAAGACCAACCAAUUGACAGACGAGGAACUGUACUUGAAAUUUGAAGUCAUGUUGAAGCACGGGGGCAAUUUCGUUUUACAAUUAGAGUCAAGAAAGUGAAGUGGUUAAAAAGACACCGAGGUGUGUGACAUCACGCCAAGAUCAAAAUUUUUUUGCUUGCUUAUAGUGUAAGCCCGUGAAAUAUUCAAAGACACUUUGUUUGUUGGGUUAACUAGCCUCUAGGUUUCAUUGUCUGGUAAUUAAUCCGUUCUUAACAGAGUUCUCCUAAAAUGACGUAACCUUAAAAUUAUCUAUACAGAUUUUUUGACUAUUCUUUAACAGGGAAUGAACUGUGUGUGUAUGUAAGUCCAGAAUACCAUUAGUAUUUAACG